AUGGAGGAUCUCGAGCGAGAUAGCUCUGUAGAUCCUGAUGCGCAGGCUGCCGUCACCGAUUUUCUAGACUACACUGAAUAUCUCCCUGCCGACCUUAUUCGGUCUCUCACCUUGAUUCGGGGCCUCGACGAAACAUACCUCACCAACACCUCUGCCUUGAACGACCUGACAAAACUGUACGCCUCUCAGCCCUCACUCCGGCCCGCAGACCGUCCAGAUCCUCAAGAAUUGCGCGCCCAGAUAUCUUCGCAUCUUGACUAUGCCCUCAACGCCCGAGAAUCGGCCUAUGCGGAGGCAUGUCGACUUUACGAUGUUGUGGAUCGACACCAAAACAGGCUGAAGAGCAUCCUCUUCAAAUUGAAUGCAAUCCCGAAGCCUCCUUCUCGCGAUCCUACUCCUCCGCCGCAGACUUCACCUCAAAUGAAGCGCUCAAGAAGCGGACGGAAGCUCGAAAGUAGCACACGGUUAACAUUGCACCCUCCACGAGGGAAUGCGGUUGCAUCAGCAAUUCUCAAGAGACCUCGAGGUCGGCGGGUAACAGUCCCUGGCGAGGUGAUGCCGCCGUAUGACCCAGAUUCACCCAUCGCGAGCACAGAGGUGUCCGACUGGGAAUCCCCUCCACCAUCACCGCCGCGUCCAGUCCUCAAAUUGAAACAACCGAAAGCACCUCCUCCGCCUCCGCAGCAGAAAGAGAAGACAAAACGCCGAGAGGAUGGGCCGCGAGUCACCCGCGAAGUGACUGAACCGUUUCACAAGCCUACUCCCCCUCCUGAAGAUGCACCUAUUGGCAGUAAAUACCGGCCUUGGACGCAUUUGACGGAAUAUGAGUUGUAUAAACUUAGGAAGAAGAUGAAGAAAAACAACGUCUGGGAGCCAAGUGAAAUCAUGAUUCGGCGCGAACUGGCUGAUCGCGGGAGAGGGUGGGAGAACUAUUAUCGAGCCAAAGCUGAAGCCGAGGCCAACGGGACCGUAUUCUAUGACCUUGAUAGUACCGAGAGGCCAAGACCCAGGCCGAACAAUUUGCAAAGUCCUGAGAAAGUCGAAACGGUGGAAAAAAGGGAAGAGCCAGAGAAGAUCGAAAAACUGAGCAACAUUGCCGAUGAAGCAGACGAUGAGAUGCAAGACACUAUCCUCGUCCCUAGUGCGGCAGCUACUCCGACUCAGACGCAACCGUCGAAGCCCAAGACGGCCAGAAAGUCAGAGUCAAGAAAGGAAAAGAAACCCGAUCCAGCGCGGUCACAGGCCGCAUUGGCUGCCCAGGAGGCAGAACUUGCGGCUCGAAGACUAGGUGACAUGGGUAGCAAGAUCAGGAGUCUUUUUACCGCUCCGUUUACAUCCGCACUUGCAUCACUCAAUCGAAGCUCUGCCACCCCUGCCGGGAGCACUGCAGCUAGUCCGGCCAGGAAGCCGGCCGAGAAGACGUCCAAGAAGAGAAAGGCAGAGCAUACGCCGACAGCGUCCCUUUCACCGUCAAUAGAGCCAGACCCAGCGAGGAAGAAGCAAAAGACAGCACCAAAGCCGUCGCCAUUGGCGUCAAGUCCUCAAGCCUCUGCUCUCACAACAGCAAGCAGCGAAACUCCGGGUCCAGCUCCAGUGGCGACUACUCAAAUUCCAGUGCCUCCUCCAGUCCAAGCACCAGCAACAGCACCAGCACCAGCACCAGCACCUAGCGCAGGGACUAUCAGAAUUCCUUUAAAAUUGACCGUCUCAACACCCGCAGCAGUACAAUCCAACACACCAACACCGGCUCCCCCAACACGCGCAGCAAGCGUCCAGCGUACAUCAGUGGCGCCGAAAACCGAAACCACGCCUCCAAUUCCUUCACGACCGCCCUCCCGUCGAUCAACGGCAGCGUCUGUCGAACCCCCGCCCACAAGAUCGAGUCGACGUGCCAGUAUGACACCAUCUGUGGCAGGACGAAAAACGCCUGCUGUAGAGGCUUCCCCAAAAUCUACCGCGGCCAGUCGUCGCAGCAAACGUGACGCACCGGGAACGGUGAUGCAGUCCAGUCAGGAUGGCGGCGCUGCGGUUAGUGUCAGCAAGCGCAAGACCAAACCUGGCAAGCACUCGCAUCAGAAAACCACGCCUAAAGCGGCAGCUAUGGCGGCAGAAACAGUCCCACAGAUUCGAAUCGAUGCCGAUGGGCGGCAGGAGAUUAUUGAUCCAGAUGAAGAGCGGUACUGUGUCUGCGGUGAUUGCGAUUUUGGCCAGUGGUUUCACAUGGAGUGCGUGAACCUGGUAGAACUCCCUCCACGAACCGUCAAAUGGUUUUGCCCAGGAGAUCGGAAGAAGCUUCACAAGGGCGAAAACAGCAAUGGACUUGUAGGUAGGGGGAUCAAAUGA